CCCUGGCUAACCUACAAUUUGCUUGCACUUACCUAGCAAAAUAAACUGAACUCUAUUUUGAGAAGAUUCCUUACAACAUCGUAAUGGGAGAUUCAUCUUUUACACCGAAAAUUAACACAGGAAACCAAGACCCAGUGCUGAAAAAGGCUGAGCUAGAUUAUAUGAAAAUAAUUGAACAGAAAAAUCUCGAGCGAGUACAAAAGCUUCAGCAAAUCAGCAAGAGGAAUAGAAUCACUGGUUUUGCUAUUGGUGCCGGAGUAUUCAGUAUUUAUUUGUAUUCAAUCUUUGCUGUCAAGCAGGAAACCUUUCUCGACGACUUCAACGAACCCGCAAAGGUUCAACAACAAUAGAAAUGGCCACAGCACACAAAGUAUCGCAACUAAGGUUGCCUCCAUUGCCUAGUAUCAAAGACAUCAUUAGGUUAUACAAACUGCGUGCGCUUCGGGAAUUGUCGCAGAAUUUUCUAAUGGAACCAAGGCUGAUUGAUAAAAUCGUGAGAGCAGCUGGGCAUAUAGAGAACCAUGUGGUUUGCGAAGUGGGUCCUGGUCCUGGUGGUAUAACCCGUUCGAUAAUUCGGCAAGCUCCACGGAAACUGAUAUUAGUGGAGAAAGAUCGAAGAUUUGUACCAUCUUUAGAACUCCUAGCUGACGCUUGUAGAGAUAGGGUAGAUGUGGAUAUAAUAACGGGUGACAUUUUGAAAACAGAUAUUGCACAUUACAUACCAAAAGAUGUGACCACAGAUUGGUAUGAUUCACCUCCACAAGUUAAUUUAAUAGGGAACUUGCCAUUUAGCAUUUCCACAAUUUUAAUGAUUCGUUGGUUAGAGAUGAUUUCUAAGAAAGAAGGACCUUGGGCUUAUGGCCGUACACGGAUGACAUUGACCUUCCAGAAAGAAGUUGCGGAGAGGAUGUCUGCUCGAAUGUUGGAUAAACAAAGAUGUCGACUGUCAGUUAUGUGCCAAAACUGGUGCAAUGUCAAUUACAAAUUUGAUAUUCCAGGAGCAGCAUUUCUUCCAAAACCUGAAGUUGAUGUUGGAGUGGUCACUUUGACUCCUUUGAAGCACCCUUUGAUUAAAUUACCAUUUAAAUUGGUUGAGAAAGUUGUUCGACAAAUAUUUUCGAUGAGACAGAAGUAUUCUAUUAGAGGAGCGCAGACAUUGUUUCCAGAAAAAGUUAGGGAGGAAAUGGCUCUAAAAAUGUAUAAGCUAGCUGAAAUUGAUCCUGUGACUAGGCCUUUCCAAAUUGCCAACAUGGAAUUUGCGAGAAUUUGUGAAGCAUAUAAUGAAAUAAUUAAAAUGUACCCAGAAUUUGAGAAUUACGAUUUGCGUGCACCCAAGAAAGUUUUACAGGCACAGCAAGAUACAUCACAGUAAUUUGUUUACUGUAGAAGUCAACUUUUAUUAUGUAUAUAGAGUUAGCAG